AUGCUUCUCUUUGGUACUUGGGCCCUGCUGGCCUUGAUCCUUUGCCCAGGGGCCACAGAAGAGCUAUUUGAGGUCUCUGUUUGGCCAGAUCAGGCCCUGGUGGAGUUUGGACAGUCCCUUGUGGUCAACUGCAGCACCACCUGUCCAGACCCGGGACCCAGUGGAAUUGAGACCUUCUUAAAGAAAACCCAGGUGGGCAAAGGGCCUCAGUGGAAGGAGUUUCUCCUGGAGGAUAUCGCAGAGAAUUCCAUUCUUCAGUGCUUCUUUUCAUGCUCAGGGAUCCAAAAGGAAAUGAGCCUGGGCAUCUCCGUGUAUCAGCCACCAGAGCACGUGAUCCUGGAGCUGCAGCCUGCGUGGGUGGCUGUGGAUGAAGCCUUUACAGUGAAGUGCCACGUGCCCAAUGUAGCACCCCUGGAGAACCUCACCCUUACGCUUCUCCAGGGCAACCGAGAAUUACAUAGAAAGAACUUCGUGAGCUUGGCUAUGGCUGUCCAAAGAGCUGAGGUCGCCAUCAGUGUCAGAGCUCAAAGGGAGGAUGACAGGUGCAAUUUCUCCUGCCAUGCACAACUGGACUUGAGUUCACAAGGUGGAGGGCUCUUUCACAGCAGCUCAGCCAUCAUGGUGCUCCGGAUCUUCGAAUUCUCUCAGAGCCCCCAGAUCUGGGUCUCUCCACUGCUGGAGGUUGGGAUGGCAGAGAGUGUGAGCUGUGUGGUGGCUAGGGUGUUUCCAGCCAAAGAGGUAAUGUUCUACAUGUUGCUGGGAGACCAGGAGCUGAACCCCUUUCUCUCCUGGGAGGGAGACACAGCAUGGGCCAAUGCCACUGUUCGGGCCCUGGAGACUGGUGAUCAGGAGCUGUCCUGCCUUGUAUCUUUGGGUCCGAUGGAGCAGAAAACAAAGGAGCCAGUGUAUGUCUAUAGCUUCCCUCCACCAGUCCUGGAGAUAGAAGAAUCAUACCCCUCGGUGGGGACAGAUGUUAAUGUGACCUGUUCAGGACAUGUAUUAACAUCACCCAGCCCUACUCUGCGACUUCAGGGAGCCCCAGACCUCCCUGCCCCUGGGGAGCCUGCCUGGAUUUUAGUUACUGCGAGGGAGGAAGAUGAUGGCCGAAAUUUCUCCUGUGAGGCCUCCUUGGAGGUUCAGGGUCAGCAGUUGAUCAAAACCACUGCUAUCCAGCUGCAUGUCUUUUAUGAGCCACGGUUAGAGGAAUCUGGCUGUCCUGGCAACCAGACAUGGGUGGAAGGGACAGAGCAGAUGCUUGCCUGCAUCCCAAAGGGAAACCCGACUCCAAGCAUGGUGUGUACCAGGAAUGGGAUGAUUUUCAACCUUGAAGUCCCACAGACGGCAACCCAGAACCACACUGGAACCUACUGCUGCGUGGCCACUAACCAGCUGGGCUCUGUCAGCAAAGAUAUUGCUGUCAUUGUUCAAGGACUGGAUGAAGACCUCAGCUCUACUAUCUUCAUCAUUAUCAUUGUGGCCCUUGGAGUGGGUGUAGUCACCAUAGCACUGUAUUUGAACUAUCGGCCCUGCAAAAUAGAGAGAAGGAAGUUGCCCUAUAGACAGAAAGAGAACAGCAAAGAGGAGGAAAGCCAACUUGAUGUUCAACAAGCAGAAAAGUGCAGCCCACAUAACUGUUAAAUAGAAACAGCAAUUGGUUGAAUGAGACUUCUACUGGGGCUUCCCAGGGAGGGA